CUCUACCUGCCUUAAAUCAAGAGGUGGUCUCUAAAGUACCUGUUUGGGAGUAGAACAUGCACAUAAUGUUGUUUGCCCUGAGAAGAUACAAUCUGGCUGUAUGCAUUGUUAAUUUGAAGACUUGCCAUAGGAAUCAAAAAAAGCUGCCUGCAAGAGAACUGAUUGUUGGCAUGGAAAAAAACAUCAGAGAAACCCUGUAAUUCUGAGAUGUGGCUGACUUCCUAAAUAGGCACAGCCACUGACCCACUCUGAAAACACAGCUGCGCACUAGAACUAAGCUAUGGAACGUGGCAGAGUGUCACAAAACCUCUGAGUGCAGUACAGUAACCCAGGAUCGUUCCACUGUGAAGAGGGACCUUGCUUCUCUGACAAGCCACCUAGCUACUACAUGUGGUUCUACAAAGUGUCACUUUGAGGAUGACAGCAUACUGCUGGAGAGUCCAAAAAGGUGACCUCUGGUGACAAAAUUCGUAAUCCAACAGGUUUAUAACACAGGCGAAGCAUGUUACUGACAGGCACAUGGGAGCUGGAUCUCACCAUGGGGGCAAACCUGUGCAGCAUUGCAUUGCAUGGAUGGCUCCGCCACCUCCGGAUCCGCAGUUUGUGCUGCGAGGCACCAGUGCUGCAGUCCACGCUCUGCGUUUUUCCUGUGGAGGCCAAGAGCCUGAUGUCCCCAUUCUUUUCUCUGGGUCUGAGAAUGGGCUUAUCAACGUCUGGAACCUAAAAACACGCAGAGUGGACAAAGCACUGGAUGGCCAUGGAAGAAAAUCUGUCUGCUGGGUGGAAACGAUGGAUGGUAAAGACAGGCUCCUCAGCCAGGGUCGUGACCAGAGGAUCUGCCUGUGGGACUUAGCAGAGGGACGGACUUCAGUGAUGGAUUCUGUCUUCACGGAGAAUGUGGGAUUCUGCAGAUGUUCUCUGUUAAAGGUGGCACAGGGACGCUGGCUAAUGGCCAUGGCAGCCAAAGCCCUGGACGAGGUUCAGGUUUUGGAGCUGCCAUCCAAGACAUCAGUCUGUACCUUGAAGCCAGAGGCGGGUGCCAAGUUGGGCAUGCCCAUGUGUCUGAAGUUAUGGCAGAUCAACUGUGAUUCCCAACCGUUGCUUCUGUCUGGCUAUGAAGAUGGAUCAGUGGUCCUUUGGAAUUUGUCAAUGGGAAAAGUGUUGAGCCAACUUUUUUGCCACCAGGAACCAGUGAUGAGCCUUGACUUUGACUCAGAGAAGGCCAAGGGGAUCUCAGGCUCAUCUGAAAAGGUGCUCAGCAUCUGGAGCCUCAAUGAGCAACAGAACCUCCAGGUUCACACAACACACAGACUUGUCAACGCUGGCAUAUCUGAUAUCACCAUCCGUCCAGACAAGAAGAUUUUAGCAACAGCAGGGUGGGAUCAUCGCAUCAGGGUCUUCGGCUGGAAAAAACUGAAGCCCUUAGCAGUGCUUGACUACCACACGGCAACUGUCCAUUGUGUGUCCUUCUCAGAUCACAAAAACCCCAGUGAGAGACUGCUCGCAGCUGGUUCAAAAGAUCACCGCAUAAGUAUCUGGUCAAUAUAUACACAGACAUGACAUGGUCUGCGCUAUCAGGGCCUAGGAGAGUAAGAUUGGUGAAGAAAAUCACUGUAAUUCAAACCUGGGUGUGGGGAAGUAGUAGAAUGUAUUUCCAGGCUAAAGUGAGAGUCCCUGGAAACUGCUAGAUUAAUUUUUAUGCUGCUUGUUCGUGUGGCAAGUUUUGUUUCCCAUAGAGGGGAGUUGAUUUUUUAAGAAAAUUUAUAACAAGUGGAACAAUGCCAGUCUUGAACAAAGACACAGGACAAGUCACUUUAAGUUCUGCUACAGGUUUUUGCAACAGCUUUUCUUUGGCAGGUUGCUUAAAUAACUUGUGCCAAUUUCUGGAAAAAGGACUGGAAUCUCUCAGACAGCUGUGGGGGCAGAAUAUGUCUGUUUGUAAGUCAUUUAUGUAUCUAGGAAUCUGAAUCACUGUAAAAUACCACUUUUGUGAGAAUUUAUACCCAUUAAACCACCUCCAGUGGUU